AUGUCGUCGGAAGACUGGUGGAAAAUUCAGCCCAAAUACUCUCCUGAAGUUCUCAUUGGAAACUGGGCAGAAGACAGGAACAGGGGCCUGCCAAUGCAGCACAUCUUCACCCAGCAUGAGGAGCCAAGAAGCAGGAAUUUCGUGUCGGAGUAUGAGGAUGAAUACAACAGGCGCUGCCUCGACCCUGUGACACCUCCUCUCCGCACGUGGAACGGACACAAGCUUUCCUGGGUUCCUCAGAAAUCAGACUGCCCCAUUCUUGAACCACCCAAAAACUAUGGUCUUUAUGAGUACCUGAUGAAGAAACGGUAUGAGAAAGACGCUGGAGUGAUGAAGAGUGUCUACACCAUCUCCUAUGAAAAGCCACCAAUUUCUGCCCUCGUUACUUGUCAUCAGAGACAACCAGCUAAAACUUCUGCUCUCCUUUCCAACCAGGCACAUCUUCCCCAAAAUAUUAGUCACACCCUCGACUAUGAAGGGGCUCAGAAGCAUCUACAAGCCAUUGUCCAACUGAUGAGAAGCCAAAAUGCCAGGGACACUUCUGUGUAA